GUCGUUCUCGCUUAUCCGAGCUGUCCGACUGUUCAUUCCGCGUUUGUCCGCCGUCCUCUUCCGUACGCUGUUAUUUUGCCGUCACUGAUAUCGCGCGUCUGUUCAAGUUUUCGGUGUUUGUUUUCGCUCGUUGGCCACGUAAAACCGACACGAACGAUCGAUCGUCACUUUCUUUUUCUUUCUGCCUUACGUUUUUGACGUUUUUCCCGACCGUCCGUCACCGUUGCUGCUGCACAAAACCGUCGGCUGAAAAAUCGUCGACCCCGCGCGAACUGUCCGUCGCGUACUUGCGCCGUUUCCCGUUCGGCGUACAACAAAAAGAUUAUUUUCCAUCGUCAUUAUGUCCACCACGCCAAAGUCGUUGCCCGAGGAAUCGCUUGGCGAAUCUUGGGUUGAUAUCACUAGCUGUGCGUCACCGAUAUCUUUCCAGAGCGCCGACCGUGUCACUCCAGUGCCGUUCAUAUCGUCCGGCGAAGAAUACUUGAGACUGCUGAAAGAGGCUCAAAGAGAGAGCAACUCUUCGUCUAGAGUCUUAUCCAAAGAAUCGUCCAUAAAGGGCAGUCCAAAAUCACCACCAAACAGUCCAAACAACGAAUUGGAAGACGAUCUCAGGGGAGUGUACAUAAAUUAUUCAAACAAAGGUGGAGAAUUGUACAACUUGGAUAAGAGUACUGAUUGGAUAUGGGAUUGGAGUAGCCGACCAGACCAGGCACCUCCCAAAAACUGGAAAUUCAUUCAUCCCAAGAAGAAGACAUACAGUAUGCGCAAUGCCAAGGUUGGCAAAGAUGGUCUCUUUUCCAAAGAAGUUUUGUACACUUUGUUCCUGACCAAUAUUUUAUCCAUACUGUUGGGAGCUGGUGUUGGUGCCUGGCUAUGUAAACGAGGCGGUAUUAUGAUGUCUAGAGUGACUUUGGAAUAAACUGUCUGUGGAACAUAACAUAUGCACAUACACAUGCA